AUGGUCGACAUCAUUCAGUCGGCUUCUAGUCCAUGCGUCUCAGCUGGCAUGGACAUUAGUCGUGUUGCAGCAACGCUCGUUGCACUCAGCAGCCCUGACGGCCCUCACUUCCCCUCGCUUCUUCUGUUGCAUAAUUUGUCGGCGAUGGUUGUUGAUACCCAAAAUUCAAUACAGCAGCGGUGGGCCAUGGAGACGGCGAAGAUGGCCGAACCUCGAUUUUGCCUCUGGCGCUGGAACAUAUGGAGACUUGGCGUUCUGGAUUCGGGUAUGUUGUUGAACGACGAUACGAAAACCAAAAACAACGAAAACGACGUGAUUGGAAAUAUCGUGUGA